CAGCACAGAAUGAGAGACUGUCUGUUGCCAGCUUCAUCACCAGCCGUAGCUGUAGCUGCUCGUUGCGGUGUUUGGGCGCGCGCGCGCAUGCGGUGAUGCUUCGGAUCACAGGCGUUCUCGGGGCGCUGCCCCCGCUAUCCUCCUACGUCGCUGGCCGGAAGAGACUGCGCUUGAUAGUCCUGGCCAGCGCCCUACUCUUUGCGCUCGUGUUCUUCUUGUUUGGCCAUGUCUCGGCCCCUUUCCCGUCGGUCAGUCUCGGAGCCCCUGGCUGGACUCACAAGCGGCCCGCCAGCAACGCGCCGCCUCACAACGAGCACCGACGCCACCCCAUCGACGACCUGAUUGAAGAUGCGAAUCGUCACUUUCGAGGCCUGCUGUCCAGGCGAUCGUACUCGGUCGCCCAGGCGGCAGCGCGCUACCGGGAGCGCCGAGGCCGCCAUCCUCCUCCAGGCUUCGACGCCUGGUUCGCACAAGCCCAAAAGGAUGGAGCGGUGAUUGUCGAAGAAUUUUUCGACAGGAUACAUCAUGACAUCAACCCAUUCUGGGGUCUCGAGCCGAGGGACUUACGGGCGCAAACGACGGUUCAGCCGCAAGUCAUUCGCGUCCGCAAUGGCGAGGCUUCAUUCGUAACGGACGAUCCAAACCGCCAGCCGUGGAUCCAGCACUGGACGGAACUGGUCAAAGACAUGAUGCCACACCUACCGGAUCUCGAUAUGGUCAUCAACUACAUGGAUGAGACGCGGAUUCUUGUCCCCUGGGAGAAGAUUGCCGAGUACAUCAAGGCAGAGCAGGCGAGCAGGAAGCUAAUAGACCCCAAGGCAGCCACGACCGCAUACAGCGGUCUCAAGGAUGUAGAGGGCUUAAAAACCCCCUAUGAUCCGGGCUGGAUCUCGGGCGAUGCGCCAAAGUUUUGGGAUUACCUGCGCGCAGCGUGCCCUCCCGAAUCCCCCAGUCGAAAUGUGGCUGCCCUUGCCACGUUCAACGUUUCGAUCGACUACCCAAUGGAACCUAUGCCGUUUACGUUUCAAGGCUUCAUACGGAAUUUCACACAAGCACAGGAUCCCUGUCUCCAGCCGCAUCUACGUGGCAUGCAUGGAACGUUCAUCGAAAGCGUUAGCAUGUCGACGACCCGCAGCCUCCUUCCUAUGUUCGCCGGUUCUAAGUUGCCCCAGAACAACGAAAUACUGAUACCGGGUGCCAUGUACCUAUCCGACCGAGAGUUCUAUAACGGAGGGGAGACGCAUGGCCCCAACUGGUCCUACAAGAGAAAUGGCUUAAUCUGGCGCGGCACUGCUUCCGGCGGUCGGAACAAGGAAGACACUUGGUGGCACUUUCAUCGUCAUCGAUUUGUUCAAAUGAUGAACGGAACGACAGUCGCGGCGUUGGAGGCGGGAAACGAGGCUCGUGGGCCGACGUUUCGUCUACUCCCGAAAUCCAGGUACUCAUUACCAUCACAGAUUCAGGGCAAGCUCGGCGAGUGGCUGUCUACCUUUUCCGACGUCGCUUUCGUGAAUCUGGAAUGCCAUCCUUACGCGGAAGAAGAAGUCGGGACCGGCCCGGACAAACAUAUGGAGAUGCGCAGGACAUGCCCUUAUUCGUCCCCAUAUAUGGCUAUUCGGCCUGGAAAGCCCAUGAAGGAGCAAUACGAGUAUAAGUACUUGCCCGAUGUCGACGGAAACUCCUUCAGCGCGCGUUGGAGGGCCUUUUUACAAUCCACGAGUAUGCCCCUGAAAGCGACCAUCUAUAGCGAGUGGCACGACGAUAGGAUCAUUCCGUGGGUGCAUUUCGUGCCCUUUGACAACUCGUAUGGCGAUAUUUACGCCAUCAUGGACUAUUUCCUAGAUGGAAGAGAUAAGGCAGCAGAGAUUAUCGCCACCGAGGGAAAGAAGUGGACCGAGCAGGUGUACAGGCGUGAAGACAUGAAGCUCUACGUCUGGAGACUGCUACUCGAAUAUGCCAGAGUGGUUGACGAUAAGAGAGACUCCCUGGCGUACGUUGAAGAUCUGAAGUAGUCGGGUCCAGCGUCACGGAACGUUUCUCUACGGGGCGGCGUUGUAAUAAAUGUAAUAACCAGUACAGGGGACCGUCACCGAUAUACAGAAGAGCGAGGGAAUUGGCCAUGCAUUAAUCACCCUGGUGUUCAUGGUUGGAUCCUGCGUGAUACGCUAUGGGCGGGCUUGCAUCCCUAAGCGUCGAUAGUCGACACUUUGUAAGAGCAUG